CUUCCGGUUGGUUGUUAGAGACGCUCUUAGGCUGUGAGAGGAGUGAGGGUUUCACUUUCAUGAUGCGGGAGAUUAAUUUCAAUCUGUGUUCCCCGUUGUGGGUCCUGGCAGUGGGAAGGAAGUCCCGGGACUCGGCCGUUUGACUCAAGCUGUCAGAGAUGGAGUGGCAGGGAGAGUUCCUUCAAGACCACUGCUUUGCAGGCUGCGUGUUCAGCGGCGUGCCGGGGGACCUGGAGAUCCAGCAAGCGCUGCAGGAUACCGAGGAGAAGCUGAAGCUGAAUGCCUUGUGCGUCGAGCAGAGCCUGAAGGAGCUGCAGGUGGAGCUGAGCGGCGUGUGGAGUGGAGAGAGGGGGCCCGGCACUGCCGACUGGCGCAGCCCCUGGAGCCUGAGCUCCCUGAGGCCCACCUGCACCGGGCGCCAGGCCCUGCUGGACUUCCUCCGAGCACUGCAGCACUUCCUGAAGACCGAGCGGGGCCAGGAGGACGUGGUGCUCGAGCUGCUGCUGGACGUCUCGUCCCAGUGCGGCGUGUCUUUCCCCACCACGGCCGCCGCCGCCCCCUCCUCGCCGCUGUCCUCCCUGCACGCCGUUCGGGAAGAGGCCUGCCUGGACGUCCAGUCUGCCUGGGACGACGUCCGGCUGCAGCUGCGGCGCCCCCUGCUGGACCGGCUGAGCGGCCGCGAGGACCUGCUCGCCCUGAGCGGGCUCCUGGAGCCCCGCCUGGUCCUGCGGUUCCUGAGCGACGCGCACCUGGGCCCCCUGUCCCGGGAGGUCUCCUCCCUGCUCGAGAGGCUGUCCGAGCCGCCGCCGCCCCCCAAGGACGGCGCGGGGCCCGCGGCGAAGACGGGGAAGAGCUCCGGCAGGGCGAAAGCCGCGGUGCUCCCGGAGCAGCCCAGGAAAGGGAGGAACAUCUGCCUGACCUCACAUCAGCUGAGGCUUCUCGCACAGCUCACGGAAACUCUGCUGUGCAUAGAGAAGAGGACAGAGGAGCUGACUGCUGACAUCUCUCCUCUUAACUGUGCAGGAGAGGCUCCUGGCAGUGAGAGAGAUAUGAGGAAGACUAGCGAGGAGCUGGACACAGCUGCUGCAGAGGGCAGCAAGCCCCACUGUGACCAGCUUCUCCAGGCCAGUGAGCCCGCUGGGCUGCGGUUUGACUGGCGGUCAGCGCUGAAGGAGCUGGCGGCGCCCGUGGCCCACGGCGUGAAGGUGGUCCUGGAGGAGCUGUGCUCCCACAGCCUGCAGCAGGAGGAGGGCGGGCGCCGCGGGCUCAUGGCUGAGUGGGACGUGCCGCAGGAGCGGGCGGCCCUCCUGUGCAGCCGGGAGGAAGAACCUCCAAAGAAGAUCGCCAAGUUCUGUGCUGACGUCAUGCAAGAGCUGGACGCGCUGCUCCCGUUAGCCUUGGCGUGCCGGGAGGGCUUCCAGCUGGAGAUCAGGGCGGCCUUCGUGGACGCCUGCAGCAAGGCGGCGGCAGCGCUCCUGGCGCGGCUGGGGGAGAGGAGCAGAGAGGUGCCCCGGACGGCGCCCACGCGGAACCUCCACACCUCGCUCUCCACGGCCGUUUACGUCCUGCAGCGCCUGGCGCAGUACGAGACCCUUCUGAAGGACAGCGCCCGCCAGCCUGUCUUCCUGCUCACCCUACAGCAGUACCGGGAGCUGGUCGGCGCGCUGCAGGUCCAGCUCACCGGCCACUGCGUCAGGACAUGUGCCACCAGCAUCUUGCAGGACGCCGAGAGCCACUUCUGGUGCGACCCCAAGCCCUUCUAUGAGGGUGAGAGGUGUUCCUUUUCCAUCCAGAUGUGGCACUAUUUCCUGUCGGCUCUGCGCUGGGACCUCUGGAAUGUGCUGCCUCCCAGUCUGGCCCAGGACGUCCUGGCUCAGGUUCUGACCCAGACCCUGGAGAUCCUAGUGCAGAGGUAUUCCCAGGCCUGCCCGACCUACAGCAGGACCCUACAGAUCAGGGCCGACAUCACUGCGGUGCUGCUGUGCGCCGAGAGCCUGCUGUGGGGGCUGUGCAGCAGCCCCGGGAAGCUGCUGUGGCCGGACCGAGACCCCUGCCCCCGGCUCUUCUCCAUCCACAGCCUCUGCAACCAGCUGCUGGCCGUGCUGGCCGUCGUCACCUCGCCGCUCCGGGCCCUGUUUGAGACGUUUCGCAGAGGCCCUGAGGACCUGUCGUCGCUGUCCGCCGCCGGACCCUCCGGCUGCCCUCCCCUGCAGUGGCUGCGCUUCGUCAAGCCUUCGCUCUUCUCGCGGCAGGAGAUAUUGGCUGCAGAUGAAAUAUCUUCCCAGCUUCAGCUGAAAUUGAUGUUAUCGCAGCCGAGUUGUAAUCCGAGGUUACUGCUACAGACUCUACUUCAGAGUGACUGUCUGCUGCUGCGAGUGUUGCUCAACACAUAUUUCAGCAGCCGGGGUGAUGAUCUGGAUUCGACAGACUGCCUGAAUGAUGCGGAAAUGUUCCUGGAGGCGGUGUUCAUGGUGCUCAGCAGUCUAAAUGACGUGCCUAGGUCUCUCGCUACAGUGCUAGAGAGCUAUUUUGAUAAAAUGCACCUGUGGGAGCGUUUGCAUAACUUAUCAGAUGCCAGCAAAGCAGAGCCGAGGGUGUUGAAGUGUCUGAGAGCCGCUGUCUCUAAGCCCGUUCUGGAUGCAGUCCAGCACCUCGUCUCCAUGGUGAACGCAUGGCAAGACGCUGAGCAUCAUGGGACACACCCGCACAAGCACAUGGUUCCGGAAAGCCUGCUCAAUAAAAUCCCAAGGGAGUGGGCUUACACACCCCGAGAAAUUAAAAGGAAGCAGACUGGGAAAAGCUUCACGCAGCUGGUGGCCCAGGCCGUGUGUUUCGUGUUCACCAACCUGCCCUCCCUGGUGGCGUCCCUCCCUGCGCCAGUGAGGUACCUCUUCUGCGUGGCGGAGAGCCGGCUGGCCCGCGGCGAUCGGCAGCCGCGGCCGGCAGGGCUGCUGGUCUGCAGCUGCGUGGCCACCCUGUGCCACACUCUGGAAGAUGGCGACGCCCUGGAGCGGCUGACCGAGGCCGCGCUGGACCGCUGGGGCAAGGAGAAGCUGGGCCUGCUGAGCGAGUGCCUGCAGGGCGUCUUGGGGCAGCAGAGGGGCGCCCCCAAACCCGCCGUGCAGAAGGUCCUUCAGCACCUGGAGGCACAGAGACCCAGGUGGCUGGAGAUCCAGUUGCAGAAGGCAAGGAGGCUGAGCACUGAGGCUGCAUUUGAACCAGCAGAAAGCAUUGUGGUGCGACAGAAAGGCAGCGCGCCUGAACUGACUGAGCAGAAAAUAGGCAUGAUGGUCCUGGAUAUCUGCCACAAACCAGGUGGCAGCGAGUACCUGAGGCAAAUUUAUCACAUCAUCCAACUCAAUGAGGAGCUUUUGAGUUUCCAACUCACUGCGGCGGCAGACACUCCACAAAGACCAUUAACCUUAAAUCUCACGGCUGCAGAUCGGCUUCAUCUGUCUUCUGUGUUCAACCCUUUGAAGGAAUUCAGCCACAUCGGGAGCAAUAAGUUUGACCAGUCAGCCAUGACAGAGCGGGACUGGGACUGGCCGAAACUGCUGCCAAGUUAUCUGGGACUGAGUCAGGUGACCUUGAGGGCCCUGCUGGCAAACAGAUGUGAUGAAGACGUCCAUGAAGACUGGCCUGUGGGUCCUUCCAGCAGUGCUGUGCCCUGUGAGGUGUCUGUGCAGAGCUGGAAGGGUGUGAGGCAGAAGUCACCCAGAUAGCAGAACUGUGGCGGAAAAUACAGACAUCGGCCCUCUCCACACACAGCAGCAAGUCAGAAAAAGUCAGACGGAAUUAGGCUAUAAUCUGCUCUUUUGUAUCUAAAGCAAACACAGGCAGUACCUCCGUUGCAACUUAAUUUGACGUUUUGAUGUGCAGAAGGAAUGUGAUAAACAGCACCACAGCUCUCGUGUUCACUGUAAUAGUUUCCCAUCAUCCUCGGGCUGUUUCUUUUUUCAAAUUUACACUUAACACCUUCCUGUGUAUAGCCUUCUCAUUUAUCAACUCUGUUUGUCCUCCUGACAAGUGGGCUGCUUUCUGAAUAUCAAUAUCAACCAAGACAAUGCAUUUGUCUGCUGCAAGUAACCUUC